AUGUCAUUUGCACCUCCAUCAACACCUCCAAGGAAGUCAAAGAAACAAAUCAAAUCUCCGUUGUAUUUAAGAACUCCACAAACAUCAAGCCUGAAGAAAGUCCGUGAUUUUUUCGCAACUGCUAAUGGUAAGACUCCAAAAUCAACUGGUAAUUUAAUGCCUGUUACACCAGAUUUCACUCCUCAGAAAUCUCCAAGAACUAUAAGGAAGAAGAGAAGUAAUAUUGAAGAUAUUUUCAAGAGUGAUACUUUCGACAACAGUUUCUUUUUACCUACACCUUCAACCGUAGGUUCAGGAAGGAAAUCCGCUAUAAGUUCUGUCAAGUCAAACAAGAAAUCACUCACCAUGGAUGCAUUAGCCAAGUUGAAUGAUAGUUUAAAUUUCGAAAGUGAAGAUGAAGACGAUGAUGUUUCAUUCUUUUUGAAUACUCCAUCCAAGAAUUCGAUUUUCACAUCUAAUUUAUUACGUUCACCUUCAACUACCAUGGAACCUUCAUCACCUACUAAAUCAUCAAUUCCACAAACUCCACUGAGACAAUUAAUUGAUGAUGAAAAGAUUAAUAAUUGGCAUGGUAAGUCAAAGAAUUAUUUUUCUGAUGAUGAUGAUUUAGAUUUCAAUUCAAUUCCUCAAAAAUUAGUCAACCCUUUCCUUCAACCAGAAACGGUUGCCAAGAAUAUAGACUUCAAAUCUUCAGAUGUAGAUUACAGUACACAUGUUGAAUUCAUACAUAAUAAAACAGGAGAGAGGAAAUUGGUCAAAUUACUGGACCGUCACGCCAAUAUUAAACCUAAAAAAUUGGAUUUCACUUCAGCUAUGUAA